CACGAAUAUAAACACUUCCCAGCCAGCUCUUUCUACUGUGCGCUGUCGCUUCUUCAGUUCCUCCGCUUCCCUCUCACUCCUGCCAUAGCUGUCUCUGCUUGAUCUACUCCCUUCGCCCUUUCUGCUCUCGAACACCCGCCCCGUGUCCUCGACCAGCCCGUAACACCUCCCCCAACGCAUCACAUUCCAAUCUUUUUCUCUGCCACAUCACACCUUUAGAAUUUGGCGGUUCUCUACAUUUAAACACCUUUCUUCCUUCAUUCACUCAAGAUCACAUGUGUGGAAUCUUCUCUUAUUGCUCUUUCCUUUGCGAAAGGAACCGCAAGUACGUCUGCGAUGUUCUGUGCAACGGUCUCGCGAGGCUUGAAUAUCGUGGAUACGACAGUGCCGGUAUCGGAAUUGAUGGCGACAGCAAAGGUUCCUCUAUGAUUCUCUUCAAGGAAGUCGGUAAAGUUGCUGCGCUGAGGAAGCACAUCGACGAAGGCAUCCCCUGUCCCUUGCCCGGUCAAGCGCCCUCGAAGGAGAAGGUUGAUAUGUCCAAGGUUUUCCUCAGCCAGACCUCGAUGGCACAUACCCGCUGGGCUACUCACGGUGUUCCCAGUCCUGGUAACUGUCACCCUCACGUCAGCGACGUGCAAACCGAGUUCAGCUUGGUCCAUAAUGGUAUCAUUACCAACUAUAAGGAGCUCAAGCUUGUUCUUCUCAAGCGCGGCUAUACUUUCCACAGUGACACCGACACCGAAGUCGUUGCUGUGCUUUGUAAAUAUGUCUGGGAUAGUCAGCCCAACAAGCGGCUCAACUUCACGGAGCUUAUCAAGACUGUCGUGAAGGAGCUUGAAGGGUCCUUCGCAUUCGUGUUCAAAUCUACUCAUUUCCCCGAUGAGAUUGUUGCUGCACGACGCGGCUCUCCUCUUUUGAUCGGUGUUAAGACAGACAGGAAGCUUAAAGUUGAUUUUGUUGAUGUUGAGUUGCCCACUGCUGAGGAACGAGUGAAUGACGUGGAUGCCAGUGGUCUCCUUGCUGUACCGGCUGCUGUUGCCGAGGGCCCUGGUCCCAAACUUCGCCGAUCCCAGUCUCGCGCUUUCCUCUCUGAAGAUGGCAUGCCCCAGCCCAUUGAGUUUUUCGUAGCGUCCGAUGCUAGUGCUGUCAUCGAGCACACUAAGCGUGUAUUGUAUCUUGAAGAUGACGACAUCGCCCACAUCGCCGAAGGCGAGCUUCACAUCCACCGCCUCCGUCGCGACGAUACCGUUUCUUCUGUACGUGCCAUCGAGCAUCUAGAGAUCGAACUUGCGGCCAUUAUGAAGGGUCAGUAUGACCACUUCAUGCAGAAGGAGAUUUACGAACAGCCCGAGUCGGUUGUGAACACUAUGCGCGGGCGAGUCAACUUCGACACUCGGUCCAUCAUGCUUGGCGGUCUCAAAGCAUACCUGCCUGUCAUCCGAAGAGGCAGGAGGUUGAUCUUUGUCGCCUGUGGUACUAGCUACCACUCUUGUAUCGCUGUUCGACCUGUCUUUGAGGAGCUGACCGAUAUUCCCGUCGCUGUCGAACUUGCCUCUGACUUCCUUGAUCGCAGAACUCCUGUAUUCCGAGACGAUGUUGCCAUCUUUGUUUCUCAAUCAGGUGAAACAGCCGACACCAUUCUCGCUAUGCGAUACUGUCUCGAACGUGGUGCUCUUUGUCUUGGUGUUGUAAAUGCCGUGGGCUCCACUCUCUCCCGUGAAACACACUCUGGUGUUCACAUCAACGCUGGCCCCGAAAUUGGUGUGGCUUCCACCAAAGCAUACACCUCGCAGUAUGUUGCACUUGUCAUGAUUGCGGUGCAAUUGUCAGAUGACUCCAUCACCAAGACAGCAAGGAGGCAGCAAAUCAUCGAUGGGUUACACGACAUUCCUGCCCAGAUUCGAAAGGUUUUGGCCAUGGACAAAGUGCUGCAACAGAUGGCUAAGGAUAUGUUGUCCAAAGAGAAGAGUUUGCUGAUCAUGGGUCGUGGUUAUCAAUACGCUACCUGCUUGGAGGGUGCACUUAAAAUCAAAGAGGUUUCUUAUAUGCAUUCUGAAGGCAUUUUAGCCGGUGAACUCAAGCAUGGACCUCUUGCACUGGUUGAUGAGCACCUUCCUGUCAUUUUCAUCAUGACUCGAGACUCUUUGUAUCCCAAGGUUCAGUCUGCGCUUGCCCAAGUUACAGCUCGAAAGGGUCGACCCAUUAUCAUCUGCAACGAGGACGAUGACACUGUCAACGACAACGCCAAGGUCAUCCGGGUUCCUCAGACUGUCGAUUGUCUUCAAGGCUUAAUCAAUGUCAUUCCUCUCCAGCUUUUAUCUUACCACCUUGCCGUGAUGAACGGCGUCGAUGUCGAUUUCCCCCGAAAUCUCGCGAAGUCGGUGACUACCGAGUAACAUGGACUGUUCAUAGGACUUUUUUCCUUCCGUUUUUAUUAAUCCCACAUUAAGACCCUCAUUUUGGCUCACGAUGACCCAUAUACUAUUCUACGUCUCUCGCUAUUGCUUGAACUGUUUUUAUAUACUCUGGGCACAGCAGGAACGUAUAGUCCUUUGUCCCACUCUUCUGCUUCAUGAUUCGCGCGCAUUUUUUGGUAUGUACAUAAUGAAGUCUUAAAUACAAAUAUCGUUUUUGCAUUGGUCCAUGUACGUUACUCGUCAUUUGAAUAUAUUGAAAGACGAAAGAUGAGCAAGGUGCUGAUGCUUAAACGAUGGUGUAUAAUGACUGGCGUUCGUACUGUGGGUGUUCAUGCAGCCUU